AUGGCGACUUUGGGUGGCGGCAUGGGCGGCGGCAGGGGCGGCGGCAGGGGCGGCGGCAGAUGGGGCGGCGGCGGCAUGGGAGGCGGCAAACGCGGCAGUAGGCGCAAUGGUGGCGGCGUCGGCAAGGCGAGAGGCGGGGGCGCUACCUCGCAAAUUGCGCGUUUGCGCCAGCGAGCGAAUCUCUUGUCUGAUAUUGCAGCCGCAGAGGCUGCUAUUCAGGAAGCGCGUGCUCGGAUCGCCGAGCUUGAUCAAAUCGAGCAGCAGUUGGCGGCGGCAGCGGCUCGCGGCAACGGCGGCAACGGCGGCAACGGCGGCAAUGGUGCGGCUAGCGGCCUUAGGGGCAAUGUGGCUGGUGGCGACGACCUUGAGGUGAGAGUGGCGGCGGCUGUGCGUGCGGCAUUAGCGGCAGACUUUGGCGGCGGCAAUUGGGCGGACAAUGUUGGCGGCGAUUUUAGCGGCGAUGCUUGGCCUUCGGGCGAGAAUGGCGGCGAUGGCGGCGAUGGCGGCGACGGCGGCGACGGCGACUGCCGCGGCAACGGCGAUAUGCAAGUCGAGUAA